AUGGGUCCCACUCCAGGUCCUAGAGCCAGUGAUUACUUGCUUACACCGCUGAUUAGACCGCAGCAAAGUUCAUUGUCAGCCCAGGGAACCGUGAGCCUCAAUACGGUUGACGACGUUCUGAACCCUGCUCAUAGGGGUGGUUCGCCCGUUGACUCACCGAAGUUCAGAUCAAGGCAUAUGCCACGGUUGGUCAGCCCUAGACAACAGACCUUGACGGGCCGGGCCAUAGAAGCUUUCGAGCCACCCUUCACAAGGCUCAGGGGUGAAAGUGUUUGA